AUGGGCAAGUCUAAAAAGCCGCGCAUCGCCAAUUUCCACCACCAUGACCGACCCAAAAGCAGGAGCUCUUCCACCGCUAUCACCCCAGGAGCUGGAGCUGGAGCUGGGGCGGGUGGGCCUAGAAAAAUGAAAAGUUUCUCGAGAGUCUCGACGUCGACAGCGGUGUCUAAAGGGGGCCAGGGGGGCGGGAGCGCGAAGGGGAAAACCUAUCGGGAAACGAAGCAUGCGAAUGCACAGCGUCGGGCCCCGACAAUUCCAUUUCAAAAGGAAGAUAGGAUUUUGUUGGUUGGGGAAGGAGAUUUUUCAUUCGCCCUGUCUCUGGCAACACAUCACGAUUGCAAAAAUCUGCUUGCCACCAGCUACGAUAGUGAACAGGCACUUUACGAGAAACAUCCGCAGGCAAAGCGGCAUAUUGAGAAGCUUUAUGCGUGUGGUUCAGAGAUAUCUUCGUAUCAGCCUAGAAGCCUGAAAAGGAAAAGCGACGAGAAUGAAGAUUUUGAAGAUGGAGGUAGCGGUAGCGAGAAGGGGAAAGAGUUGGAAGCGAGGGAGGAGGGUCAGAAUCUGAAAAAUGAAAAUAUAGAAAAACCCUCAGAGACACAACACGCCCGAAACCAUGUCCCGAAAGUCUUGUUUUCCAUCGAUGCCCGUAAACUGGGCUCUGGACCUGCUGGCGGUGGCAAGACUGUUCGCAAUGGGUUUCCUCGCACCACUACUUUCUCCUCUUGUAAAAGCAGAAGACACCAUACCUGGAAAGACAUUGUUGGUUCCCCACAACAACAAAAUCACCAACAACAUACCGGCAGAGGCGGCCCAUGGGACAUAAUCUGCUUCAACUUUCCUCACGUUGGCGGCUUGAGCACAGAUGUAAACAGGCAGGUACGCGCGAACCAAGAACUAGUCGUCGCAUUCUUUAAGGCCUCUGGCACAGACAAUAACACUGGGACAGGAGAGAAAUCCCCUUUCCGCACAACUCCAGGUCAAAUCCUCGUCUCACUCUUCGAAGGCGAACCCUAUACACUCUGGAAUAUCCGCGAUCUAGCACGCCACGCAGGCCUGCGAGUUGUUACUAGUUUCCGGUUUCCAUGGGCUAGUUAUCCGGGUUACUCGCAUGCACGCACGAUUGGAGAAAUCGAGAAGCGCAAUGGCGGUACGGGAAGGGGUGGAUGGAGGGGCGAGGAUAGGGAGGCGAGGAUGUAUGUUUUCGAGAAAGGAACUGGAGGGGUUGGAGAAUGUGGUGGUGCGGAAGGCAAGAAAAGGAAGAAAGGGGGGAAAGGCAGAGGUGGGGCAAAUACCGAUGAUGAUAGCGAUUAA